AUGGCUGAGCUGCCAGCGCUGUCCGAAGCACGGAAGCUAAAGCUGCAAUUGUUCCACCGCUUGCAACGCACCAACUGCAAUGCAUGGGAACGCUACUGGGGCUCAUUUCGAUUAUAUUUGGUGGCUAAGCUCUCGCAUAAAGAGUUUCAUGCGGUAGCCGAGGAGCUGCUGGGACCUAACAAACAUCUGCACAAUGAAUUUGUAGUCGCGUUGCUGAGCACAGCGUGUCACGAGAACGAGAACGAAAAUAAAAAAAAAAAUAAUCUGCAACCUCAUCUUGCGCAGCAAAUAGAAAAGCAUAGCGAAGAGGGAAAUUUGGCAGCCAAAAGAGAUGACACUUCUAUGAUACUUGAUGACGUCUCGCUACUGGACUUUAAGUGUGCUAAGCAAGAAAGGUCCGAAAGUGAUUUUGAGCAGCAACGGAUUUCGUAUAAUAAGAAACUUGAGCUUUGUGUUCCCGACCGCUUUCGUGAGCAUGUCAGUAUUAUUAAUGCCGAUAAAGCCAAAAUGUGUUAUUUCAUGGCUGCGCAUAAUCCUUGUAUGAAAUGGUGCCAGUUAUCUACAUGCUUUGUCCAAGCGUGGGAAUAA